GUGGUGCCACCGACCGACGCUGGAGUAGUAGUUUGUGUUGAUGUGAGUGAGCGUGAGUGUGGUGUGUGAGCGGGAGUGUGGGCUCGGUGGACUUAAGGUUGGAGGGUAGAUUGUGAGAGCACGAAGACCGACGAGCGUCUGCGCGUGCGGCGCUGCCUUUGCCCUAUCGGCCGCUCGGACCGUUCCGCAAGUGCCUGCCAGGCCAUGCUGUCUGAGUUUGCAAGUGGGCAUGGGGCCCAUGCCCAUGGCUGCCAGCAUUAUGAACGACAUUGCCACAUCAAGGCCGUGUGCUGUCAACGGUUCUACCCUUGUCGCCGUUGUCAUGAUCAAGAUACAGAAUCGGGCUGCGAUACCGUGGAAAUGGACCGCAAGGCCGUUCAACGCAUUUGCUGCCAGCAGUGCGGCCUCGAACAGCUGGUGUCUGAGGGAUGUCUGCGGUGUGGCUGUCGUUUUGGCAAAUACUUUUGCCCCCUGUGCCGAAUGUUCGAUGAUCAGCUGAGCAAAGGGACCUGGCACUGCCAUGGGUGCGGCAUCUGUCGUGUCGGUGGCAAAGAGGCUUUUACCCACUGCGACCGCUGCCGCGUUUGCUACACCAACAAACGCUUUGAAGACCACACGUGUGUCGAGGAUGCCAUGGGGCGUGACUGCCCCGUCUGUCUCGAGUUUUUGCAUACAUCCACUACAGCGGUGGUGGUGCCCAAGUGUGGACACAUUCUUCAUCGCAGUUGCUACGACGAAGUUCUCACUUCCUCGACGGGACGCUGCCCGGUAUGCAGCCGCACAUAUCAACGGGAUCUGAAGCGCAUUCAGAAUCUGGAUGCCAUGAUUGAAGCCGAGCCCAUGCCAGAAGGACUGCGCGACCAAUGGGUGCAAGUUCUGUGCAAUGACUGCCAGCAAAAGUCAUGGGUGGGCUAUCAUGUGCUUGGACACAAGGUAUGA